AUGGCGCAAUCCUUGCUUCGCUUCUUAGACGAUGAUGAAAGGAAGAUCCGUAAGCGAGGACGAACUACAAGACGACAUCAUGGAAGAAGAAGUAAAACUGUCGAUGAGACCAAGGACGAAGAAAACGGGGAGAGAUCAUCUACUCUGGGAACACAAGGCACGACGAAAUUAUCAAGGCAAGCUCGUCGAGCACUGGUGAAAGGUUUCGUCGAGCACACUUUAAAAACUGGUGUCACUGGUCUUAUUGCCGAGUUCAAGUCGAUGAAGAGAAAAAAUGAUUUCAGUGUAAUGACGGAAUUUGUAGCGCAGAUUCCUCAAGGGAGAAACAGAUACAAGGAUGUCGGCUGCCUCGAUUUUCAAAGAGUGGUGCUUCGACUCGGUCCUGUAUCGUAUAUUCACGCCAAUUAUGUUUCAACGCCAACACAUCCAAAACGAUUCAUUUGCACUCAGGCCCCACUUCCUAACACUUGUGCUGACUUUUGGUACAUGGUGGUUCAAGAGAAGUCUACAGCUAUCAUAAUGUUGUGCAAUUUUGUGGAGCAGAAUUCAAAAAAGUCUGCAGAGUAUGUCCCACUGUCGAGUGACAACAAAACGUUAACUUUUGAUGGUGUUACAGUAACUCAGAAGAAGCAAGAAGAGUUUCAAUUCCCAGUUGAGACACGGGUACAUAUAAGAGUCACUUUUUUGGAGGUGAAGGCACCAGGAGAAUCACCUCAUUACUGUAUUCACUACCACUGGCAAGACUGGCCAGACCGAGGAGUACCGGAAGCCGAUUUGGCUCCUGUCUACUUACUGGCCAAAGUUCAGAACACGACUGCACCAAUUAUUGUUCACUGUUCGGCCGGAAUAGGACGCACCGGCUCCAUUGUACUAAUUCAGAACUCGCUUGAAUUGCUUCAUUCGCAGUUACCACUAAACGAUAUAGCUGGAUAUCUCAUUGCUCUACGGAAACAAAGAAAUAAUUCAGUGCAAACGGAGCACCAAUAUCUUUAUGUUCAUCAAGUUCUUCUACUAUACUUAAAGAAGAUGCGUUACCUCGACGAUAGUGUUAAUCCGUACCUGGAACAAUUUACUCAAAACUACAUGACCGCAACGAAAGGCUUCUAA